AUGGCGCGCCAGCUGCUACAGGGAAUCCCCGCAGCUUCGAAUCCGGACGCAUCAGCCCGCUCGAUUUUUGCGAGAUAUAACAAUUCCACUACUCCAGGAGGUUCUCGUAGAUUGGCAAGCCAGUUAUUGGACGAAAUCAAAGCAAUGCGCCAACAUCACCACCCAAUGAUGGAUGUCUACGUAAGUCAGACAAACAUGGCAUUCUGGAAAGUUGUCAGUAAUUUCUCAAUCUCGAUUUCGCUCCGUGUCUAACUUUAGAUAGGUCAUGCAAGGACCGCCAGACUCGCCCUAUUCACGAGGAACCUUUCUGCUAUGGAUAGAAAUUGGUGAAGAUUUUCCUCGACGUCCGCCCACUGCAAGGUUCGUUACAUCUAUGCUUCACCCAAACAUUACAAAGGUAAGUGAUUCCUCACACACAGUAACUCGCGGACCAAUUGGGCUAACACAAUACAGCACGGACGAAUCUGUCAUCCUAUAUUCUCCCGAGAAUGGACUCCUACAUUACGAAUUCAUCAAGUCUUGGAACACUGUUAUGGCAUUCUGAUCCUUCUUGAAGUGAGGAGAAAGAUUCAAUGAAAUCUAAAGGUUAAUACUGACUGUGUGGUAGGCUCGUGAUGCGAUUGAUCCGCUUUCUGCUCUUACUUUCUGGUCGAAAGCAGAAGAAGGAAAACGAGAGGUGGAGAGAUAUGUAAGUUCAAUUGGGACGUGGUUGAUUUGGUUUGUGGAGAAACUCACCAAAAGUGAAUGAACAGGUGGUACAUCUUGCUUCUCGUUCGCGGGCACAGCACAAGAAUGAUAUCUUGCGGAUUAGCACACCACCUAUCUUGACGAAGACUGAGCUACCGUUUCUCCCAGUUGCUCGAACUGGAUAG